CAAAAAUCAAAAUGCACACUUCAAAAUCUAAAUCCUCUUUUCCACAUUCUCUCCUUUCUUUCUCUACCACCCCUACCUACUACUACUAUCACCACUCCUACUCUUCUUCAUCUUCCUUCUUCCUCCUCAUCCCCAUGGCCAAAACUCCUCCUGAAUAACUCAAAUUCCAAAUCACACAUCACACACACAAAAUUUUCCCUCCUCUCAAUUUCUUUCUCUUUAUAAAACAUGAAUCUCUCUUGCCGCUUUUCUUUAACCAAACACACAAACCCUCCUAUUUUCCAUCGAAAUUCUCUAACCAAAAACACUACUACUUCUUUCUUCCUCAGAAACUGUCUCCAUGUGAAGCCAAUUCCUUUCCCUCCAAAACCCUCUCUCACGUUUCGAAACUGCAAACUCUCACACCCUUUCGCCACUCUAUCAUCCUUCGCAGAAGGCGAAGAACAGCAGAAAGAAGAGAUAAUUCACCUCAACGGCCACCAUCAAAACGCAACGCUCAAAGCUCAAAACGACGAUGAGUUACCAGGAAUGGCGAAAGCCUUCAACAUUUCAUCACGAACAGCUUCUGCAAUCUCCAUUUGCAUGGCGAUUGCUGCACUCACUUUACCUUUCUUCAUGUGGUCGUUAGGCCAUGGUUUGCCAUUGAAGACCAAGUGUUUGUCUUAUGCGACGUUGUUGUUUGGAUUCUACAUGGCUUGGAACAUUGGUGCUAAUGAUGUUGCGAAUGCUAUGGGAACUUCGGUGGGUUCUGGUGCUUUGACGCUGCGGCAGGCGGUGUUGACGGCGGCGGUGUUGGAGUUUUCAGGGGCGUUCUUGAUGGGAACUCAUGUGACUAGUACAAUGCAGAAGGGGAUUCUUGUGGCUUCUGUUUUUCAGGGGAAGGAUACUCUGUUGUUUGCUGGGUUGCUCUCUUCUCUUGCUGCUGCUGGUACUUGGUUACAGAUUGCGUCAUAUUAUGGUUUGCCUGUAUCUACUACCCAUUGUAUAGUGGGAGCAAUGGUGGGGUUUGGUCUAGUUUAUGGAGGUACUGGAGCUGUUUUCUGGGGUUCGCUUGCCAGAGUGAUUUCUUCGUGGGUUUUCUCACCACUAAUUGGAGCAGCUGUGUCAUUUCUUGUCUACAAAUGCAUCCGAAGGUUUGUGUAUUGUGCACCUAACCCGGGGCAAGCAGCAGCUGCGGCAGCACCGAUUGCUGUAUUUCUUGGUGUAACUGGAAUUUCUUUUUCUGCCUUACCUCUCAGCAAGAGCCUUCCUUUGUCUGUGGCCCAGGCUUUAGCCUGUGGAACUGUUGGUGCUUUCCUAGUUGACAGAACUAUCAGAAAACAGCUUGGACAUCUUCUCAUCAAGUCAAGUACUCCACAACCUGAAACAAAAGAAGAGACUUCACACCAACAUAUAGGAUUCCUCUCUGAUAUUGCAGGUCCAAAGGGUACCCAGCUGGAAAUAGUGUAUGGAGUAUUUGGGUACAUGCAGGUACUCUCAGCAUGUUUCAUGUCAUUCGCUCAUGGCGGAAAUGAUGUCUCCAACGCCAUAGGUCCAUUGGCAGGUGCACUAGCUAUUCUUCAAGGCGCUGCCGGAGCAGCCGAGAUUGUUAUUCCAACUGAUGUUCUUGCUUGGGGAGGAUUCGGAAUUGUUGCAGGGCUGAUGAUGUGGGGCUAUAGAGUGAUAGCUACAAUUGGAAAGAAAAUAACAGAACUUACACCAACCAGAGGCUUUGCAGCUGAGUUUGCUGCUGCCUCUGUGGUUCUGUCUGCUUCCAAAUUGGGGCUUCCCAUCUCAGCAACUCAUACUCUAGUGGGUGCAGUAAUGGGAGUGGGAUUUGCAAGGGGACUUAACAGUGUUAGAUCAGAAACUGUGAGGGAGAUUGUGACUUCAUGGGCAAUAACUAUUCCUGUUGGUGCCAUGCUAUCAGUGUUCUACACUUGGAUUUUGACUAAGCUUUUGUCCUAUGUUUUAUGAGUGUGCAUUCCAAGAUAUGAAGAACAGCUUAUGUAUGUGAUUAAUUCAAAGCUACUAAUACUCUUUCACAUUAUUAUAUUUUGUGGUACAAAUUGGAGAAGAGGAUUGGUGUGGGCGGCAGCACAGGUAACUUGGGUAGAAGGCUCUUCACUCAGUUGGCAUGGGAUGAAUCUUGUUUGGAUCCUAAGUCAAGCCUGUGACUGUGAGUUCCUAUUCCUGUCAGAACUGAACUUCAAAAUUUAUGAAAUGAGAGUGAACAAAUUGUCAGGUUCAGCAUUUUUCUUUUUCGGACCUAUUACAUUUCUCUAAGCUAAUUUUAAAAAGAAAUAAUAGCAAUCUUCAGACGUUUAAGGAUUGAAAAAAUUCAACAAAAAUAUUGGGAAAAAAACCCAAUGUCUGUAAUUAAUAGAUUCAUUUGAUCUUUUUUUAUUUAUCUCUGCUUUAAAUCCAUUGGUUGAAA